AUGGUGUUGGCGUUGGUGGUCGGAGUGUUGUGCGUGUGGGGCCGCCUGAGCGACGCAAACCCUGAAGCGAAGCGGCUGUAUGACGACCUGCUGUCCAACUACAACCGACUGAUCCGCCCCGUCGGCAACAAUUCCGAUCGACUCACGGUCAAGAUGGGACUUAGGCUCAGUCAGCUCAUCGACGUUAAUCUUAAGAAUCAAAUCAUGACAACGAACGUGUGGGUAGAACAGGAAUGGAACGACUACAAAUUGAAGUGGAACCCUGACGACUACGGUGGUGUCGAGACUCUUCAUGUACCUUCUGAACACAUAUGGCUGCCUGAUAUCGUAUUGUACAAUAACGCUGACGGUAACUACGAGGUGACGAUAAUGACGAAAGCGAUCCUGCAUCACGACGGGAAGGUUGUGUGGAAGCCGCCAGCGAUCUACAAGUCCUUCUGUGAAAUAGACGUCGAGUACUUCCCGUUUGACGAGCAGACCUGCUUCAUGAAGUUCGGCUCUUGGAGUUAUGAUGGUUACAUGGUGGACUUGAGGCACUUGAAACAGACGCCAGACUCAGACCGCAUAGGGAUGGGCAUCGAUCUGUCGGAGUACUACAUCUCUGUAGAAUGGGAUAUCAUGCGAGUACCCGCAACGAGGAACGAGAAAUUCUACUCCUGCUGCGAAGAACCGUACCCUGACAUCAUCUUUAACAUCACGCUCAGAAGAAAAACCCUCUUCUACACGGUCAACCUCAUCAUCCCUUGCGUCGGAAUCUCAUUCCUCUCAGUCCUCGUCUUCUACUUACCCUCAGAUUCUGGAGAGAAGAUCUCACUCUGUAUUUCGAUCCUCCUGUCGUUGACCGUGUUCUUCUUGCUGUUAGCCGAAAUUAUUCCUCCAACAUCACUGACAGUCCCCUUGUUAGGAAAAUAUUUGUUAUUCACUAUGAUGCUAGUUACAUUAUCAGUAGUUGUCACUAUCGUGGUGCUAAACAUAAAUUUUAGGUCGCCAGUCACCCACCACAUGGCCCCGUGGGUGCGGAAAGUCUUUAUAGAUUUUUUACCCAAAAUAUUGUGUAUACAGAGGCCAGAGAAACCGCCCGAUGACGACGAUGAUAACGAUAAACCAAGCGAGAUACUCACGGAUGUCUUCGGCCCGGAUGACAUGGACGGGAAGUUCAAAGAGUGGGGAUGCGAAGAGUAUGAACUUCCAGGCAUGCCUCCAUCCCCACCACCUCCGCCUGGAGGUGAUGAUGAACUAUUUUCUCCACCUCCAGGUUCUCCGUGUCGAUUAGACUUAGAUGAUGGUAGCCCAUCUCUAGAAAAACCUUACGUGAGAGAGAUGGAAAAGACAAUAGAAGGUUCUAGGUUUAUUGCGCAGCAUGUCAAAAAUAAGGAUAAGUUUGAAAGUGUGGAGGAUGACUGGAAGUAUGUAGCGAUGGUGUUGGAUAGAAUCUUCCUGUUCCUGUUCACGAUAGCUUGCGUGCUGGGUACGGCGCUCAUCAUAUUCAGAGCUCCGACCUUCUACGACAACACGAAGCCUAUAGACAUUCUGUACUCAAAGAUUGCCAAGAAGAAGUUGGAGCUGCUGAAGAUGGGCUCGGAAGGGGACCCGGGUCUCUGAAAUUCGUCUUACGUCUUCGGCCACUCGCCGCCGAAGACGUUC